AUGGCCGAGGAAGAAGCACGGCUGAAAGAGGAAUCUGCCGCCAGUGUGGCCAAGGCAAAGGACGAAAUCUUCAAGGAGGCGGUUCCAGCAGCACAAAGAGAGGCCAAAGAAGCUGCACAGAAGAGGCUGGCAGCUGCAGAGGCCAAACUUCAAAGUGCAAAGCAACGAUGUGCAGAGAUCGAGAAUGGCAAUGGCGAGGUCAAGGAUGACGACGAUGAUAAGGAGGAAAACGAGGACAAGGACAAGGCAAAGCAGAAAGGUUCCGACUAUUCGGACUACUCAUACUCCGAGAAUGAAGCAGAUGCAUAA